AUGAAUCACGGUCUUUCACAACGUGAAAAUGUACGAAGAAAUCCAAUGGCAGAGAAUCAGCAAGGAGAAAACGCCAAACCUCUUGGUCUCUCUACCUCCACCAACAAGCCAUUAGGUCUUUCUUCAAAAUCCACCAACGUCUCAUCAAAGCCAAAAUCAGGGUUCGAUGCUAAUGUCAAGCCACGUCCCAUCCUCUCUGACAAGAGCAACAAAGGAGCACUUCAAUCCAAGUUGCAAUCCUCAAAGAUCGUUAAAGAGACGAUAACGACUUCCUCCUCCUCCUCCUCCUCCUCCCUCGCCACCAAAGUACUUGUCGAUGAAAAGAUUACCACCACAACCACGAUUAAACAACAAGAUACCCUUGAUCAAACUGCUGCAACCAAAGAAGACUUCUUUCGAGAUAACGAAUCUCGAUACGCACAGAGUCAACAAGAACAACAAGAAGAGACCAUCAGUAUUGUACCCGUUCUGCCCAUCAAAGUGCCAGAGAAAAUGAAGCAUCUGUUCAUCAAAGACACUGCACACAAGCUGGGUAGUAACAGCAGCAAUAGCAACAAACGUUCCUUUGAUUCCUUUGAAGGCCCACACGACGCCUCCUCCUCUUCGCUUGCCGCCGCAAAGAAACUCAAAACAUCCUCAUCGCAUCCCAAAGAUCUCUUUGUCGAAAACGCUCCUCCCUUAGGCUUCGAGUUGAACCAGGAAGCGAUCCAAUACGAACACGAACAAGAGAUGCGAGCCAAACUAGCCAUGCUUCAAACAACGCAAUCGCUUCGAGAAGAUCAAUGGAACGAUCCUAUGCUUGUCGCUGAAUAUGCUGGUGAAAUAUUCGGUUAUCUCUUUGAUUCUGAACCUGAUGUCAUGGCAGAUCCCAAGUAUGCCAACAACCAACAGCAUGAGAUUUCGUGGAAGAUGCGCAGUGUGCUGGUGGACUGGGUGAUUGAAAUUCAUUAUUUAUUCGACUUGCUUCCAGAGACCCUCUUUUUGGCUGUGAAUAUCAUGGAUCGCUUCUUAUCUCUGCGUUCCGUAGCUCUUGGUAAACUUCAGCUCGUGGGUAUCACUUGCUUGUACAUUGCAACCAAGUUUGAAGAGAAUACGUGCCCCAUCAUGCAAGACUUUUUGUACAUGACCGAUAAAGGUGUCAACGAGGACGACUUUAUCAAGGCAGAGCGUUUCAUCAUGCAAAUCUUGGACUUUCGUCUCUGUUACCCCAAUCCGCUCAACUUCCUACGACGUGUCUGCACUGCAGAAAUGAAUUGUGAUGUUCAUACCCGUACAUUGGCGAGAUACUUUAUGGAAAUCUCUUGCAUUGAUCACAGAUUCAUUGGUGUCCGUCCCUCAAAGAUUGCUGCUGCUGCCUUGUGGUUGUCGAAAAAGAUGCUGGCCAAGGGCAAAUGGAGCAGUCAUUUGACAAAGCUAUCAGGUUACGCACCACACGACUUUCGAUGCACUGUGGAGGCCAUGCUGGACUAUCUCUCUCAAACCGUUACCCAUGAUGCAUUCUUUAAAAAGUGGUCCACAAAGAAGGCUUCAAAAGCAAGUAUCUUUGUACGUGAUUGGAUUAACAGAUACUACAUCAAUUAA